CGCGAUGGAGAAUACAGACGACCGACGGCUUUUGACUUUUUAGGAGGAAGCUCGGCCCCGGGAUAUCCAUCAUGGCAUCUGGGAUUAACCUCCUCCACCACUAGAACUCCUCACGCGUUGACGUUUGUGGCUCAGAUGGGAAAUUCCAUUAUGUAAAAAAAGUAGCUUCGCUGUUUGGACCAUGACCUCUCCUGGAUUUACAGGGAUCACUCCUCUUCCCAUCGGGAUUUAAAGUUUUGCCUUGGGAGAGGUCGGCAGCGGUGGCGGCUGCGAGGAAUUUCCAGUCCCGGAGUGCUGGGAUAAUCUUACAAGACGCCGUCAUGAGGAUACCCGGCACAGGGGGGCUCUGCCCCAUCCUGGUCUGCUUCUGCUUCAUCCAGGGGGCCCACGGGGCGAACCACCACCUGCCCGCCAGGGUGCUGGCUCGGAACCCCGGCAGGAACCAGAGCAAGCUGGCCAACGGAGAGACGGAGGUGCACCACAGGCCCAAACGGGGCUGGAUCUGGAACCAAUUCUUUGUUUUAGAAGAACACAUGGGGACAGAGGAGCAAUACGUGGGCAAGCUUCACUCCAACUCCGACAAAGGCGACGGAACGGUGCGCUACAUCCUGAGCGGCGAGGGCGCCGGGACCAUCUUCCGGAUCAACGAGGUGACGGGAGACAUCCACGCCACCAGGAGCCUCGACCGGGAGAAGAAGUCGCACUACGUGCUGCACGCGCAGGCCUUGGACCGCCACACGGAGGAGGCGCUGGAACCAAAGUCGGAAUUCAUCAUCAAAGUCCAGGACAUCAACGACAACGCGCCGCAGUUCCCGGACGGACCCUUUGUCGCCACCGUGCCAGAAAUGUCCGACGUGGGCACGUCGGUGCUGCAAGUCACCGCCACCGACGCCGACGACCCCACGUACGGAAACAGCGCCCGCAUCGUCUACAGCAUCCUACAAGGACAGCCAUAUUUCUCCGUGGACCCCAAAACAGGGACCAUCAGGACUGCCUUAGCCAAUAUGGACCGUGAAGCCCGGGAACACUACAUUGUGGUCAUCCAGGCCAAAGACAUGGCAGGCCAAGUCGGCGGCCUCUCCGGGUCCACCGUCGUCAACGUCACGUUGACCGACGUCAACGACAACCCACCAAAGUUCCCGCAAAAAAACUACCAGCAGUACGUCCCCGAGUCGGCUCAGGUCGGGAAACCGGUGGGGAAGAUUAAAGCCAACGACGACGACUUGGGCGUCAACGCCGACGUCAAGUACAGCAUCAUUAACUCAGAGGGGGCCAACAUGUUUUCUAUUGCCACUGACAAAGACACCAAAGAGGGAAUUAUCACCCUCAGAAAGCCACUAAACUACGAGAGGAAGAAGACGUACACGCUGCACAUCGAGGGCACCAACACGCAUGCGGAUCCUCGCUUUUCCUACUUGGGCUCCUUCAAGGACACAGCCAUGCUUAAAAUCACCGUUGGGGAUGUGGACGAAGCACCAGUCUUCUCUUUGGAUUAUUAUAUCAUGGACGUGUAUGAGAACUCACCAGGUGGAACGGAGGUGGGAGCCGUUACGGCCCGGGACCCCGACAGCAGGAACAGCCCCGUCAGGUACUACAUGGACAAAGAGGAGGCGCACCCAGUCUACUUCCGCAUCGACGAGCUCAGCGGGAUAAUUAGGACGACCCAGCCGCUGGACCGCGAGGACUCCGCCUGGCACAACAUCACCGUGAUGGCCUCGGAGGUCGACAACCCCGGGCUCCUCAGUUACAUCCCGGUCACCGUGCAGGUGCUGGACGUCAACGACAACGCGCCGCAAGUGGCCGCCGCCGACGAGAAGGUCAUCAUCUGCGAGAGCACGAGGGCCGGAGAGGUGAUCCAGACGGUCGGCGCCGUGGACAAGGACGACUUCGCCAACGGACAGCGCUUCUCCUUCUCGCUGCCGAGCCAGAUGCCGAUUAAUCCCAACUUCACCCUGAAGGACAACGAAGACAGCACCGCGUACAUCGUGGCCCGGCGGCGGCGCUUCAACCACCUGACGCAGGAGCUGUACGAGCUGCCCGUGGUGGUGUGGGACGGCGGCGAGCCGUCCCUGAGCGGCACCAGCACCCUGACGCUCCACGUGUGCCCGUGCCAGCGCCACGGCAAGAUCCGCAUGUGCCAAGGCGAGGCCUUCCUGUCCUCGGCGGGCCUCAGCACCGGAGCGCUCAUCGCCAUCCUCUUGUGCAUCAUCAUUCUGCUGGCCAUCGUCGUUCUGUUUGUGACGCUAAGACGCAGCAAGAAGGAGCCGCUCAUCAUUUCCGAGGAGGACAUCCGCGAGAACGUGGUCACCUACGACGACGAGGGCGGCGGCGAGGAAGACACCGAGGCCUUCGACAUCAUCGCCCUGCGCAACCCGGCCGCCGCCGAGGAGCUCAAGUUCCGGCGGGACGUGCGGCCGGACGGCAGGCAGCUGUGCGGCGCCGGCGGACUCCGCGGCCGUCGGAGCCCCUCGCUGCAACUGGACGAGGUGGACGUGCACGAGUUCAUCAAGCAGAGACUGGUGGAGGCCAACAUGGACACCAGCGGGCCGCCCUACGACUCGCUGCAGACCUACGCCUACGAGGGCCAGGGUUCGCCCACGGGCUCCAUCAGUCCGUUGGACUCUCCGCAGACCGCGCAGUCGGAGAAGGACUAUCGCUACCUGGACGACUGGGGGCCUCAGUUCCAGAGAUUGGUGGAACUCUACGCAGAAGCAGAACUGAUCCUGAAGACUUAAUGUGCCACUUCACUACUACUCAGAUCAAACCAGACUGAAAACCUUUUGGGAUCUUUGCCGACAUAAAGAAGUAGCGGAUCUACUAUCCAGUGGUUUUUACCAUCUGAACCGAGAGGGGGCGGGGGAUGUUUUUUUUUUU